AUGACUGAUGCAUUCCAUCCUGCUACUGAUCGCAUACAAGAGAUUGUUGGAACAGUGAGUGGAAUUAGAAUAUCUUUCAUUGAUACUCCGGGUCUGCUGCCUUCCUCGACAAAUUGCGUUAGAAAAAAUCGGAAGAUUUUGUACUCUGUGAAAAGGUUUAUCAGGAAAGCCCCUCCAGACAUUGUAUUAUAUUUUGAACGACUUGAUAUGAUCAAUAUGGGUUAUAGUGAUUUCCCACUGUUGAAGCUUAUUACUGAAGUCUUUGGUUCUGCAAUUUGGUUUAGCACCAUUCUUGUGAUGACUCAUUCUUCCUCGACACUCCCUGAGGGACCAAAUGGCUAUCCUGUCAGCUAUGAGUCCUAUGUCACACAGUGCUCGGAUCUGGUGCAGCACUACGUUCACCAGGCAGUUUCUGACUCAAAACUUGAAAUCCCUGUGCAGUUGGUGGAUAAUCAUCCUCAGUGUAAAACAGAUAUCACUGGGGAAAAAAUUCUUCCAAACGGACUGGUUUGGAAAUAUCACUUCCUGUUAUUAUGUGCAUGCACCAAAGUGCUAGGGGAUGUUAAUGCCCUUUUGGAAUUUGAGGACAGUAUCGAACUAGGGCCAUUGAGUAAUACCCGGCUGCCUUCUCUACCCCAUCUUCUCUCAUCUUUUCUUCGGCAUCAUGCUCAAGUGAACCCAAAUGGAGCAGACAAUGAAAUUGAUGAGAUUUUUCUUUCAGACAUGGAGGAAGAAGAUGAUUAUGAUCAAUUACCACCAAUCCGGAUUCUGACAAAAUUCCAGUUUGAGAAAUUAAGUGAUGCCCAGAAAAAGGAGUAUUUUGAUGAGCUUGAUUACCGAGAGACCCUUUAUUUGAAGAAACAGAUGAAAGAAGAGUCCCGUAGACGAACCGAAAACAAGUAUCCUCAAGGUGGGGAUCCAACCAGUGAUAAUAAUUCUGAUAACCAGGAGCCUUCAGAGGCUGUUCAGUUGCCAGAUAUGGCAGUCCCUCCAAGUUUUGACUCCGAUUGCCCUUUACAUAGAUACCGUUGCCUUGUUACAAAUGACCAGUGGCUUGCAAGGCCCGUUCUUGAUCCCCAUGGGUGGGAUCAUGAUGUAGGUUUUGAUGGAAUUAACCUGGAGACAGCUAUACAAAUAAGAAAGAAAGGCUUUGCCUCUGUCACAGGACAGAUGAGCAAAGACAAGGAAAAUUUUAGUAUUCAGUCCGAGUGUGCUGCUGCUUUCACAGAUCUCAGAGGACCCACUUAUAGUGUAGGACUCGAUGCCCAAUCAUCCGGGAAAGAGUUGAUCUGUACGGUACGCAGUGGCACACAGCUCAGAAACUUGAAAAACAAUUUGACUGAAUGUGGCAUUUCUGUUACAUCUUUUGGAGACAAAUACUAUGUGGGUGCUAAGCUUGAAGACAGCAUCACAAUUGGGAAGAGACUGAAAUUUGUAAUGAAUGCUGGCCGGAUGGGGGGUGCAGGGCAAGUGGCUUAUGGUGGGAGUAUUGAAGCUACUUUAAGGGGGAAAGAUUUCCCUGUGAGAAACGAGAGGGUCAGGCUCGCAAUGACAGCCAUUUCGUUUAACAAGGAGCUAGUAUUGAGGGGAAAUUUACAGUCUGACUUCAGAUUAAGCCGGGGUACAAGAAUGUCAGUCAAUGCGAACAUAAAUAGCCGGAACAUGGGCCAGGUUUGCGUGAAGACAAAUAGCUCUGACCACAUAGAAAUAGCUCUGAUUGCGGUUGUUUCCAUCUUUAGAGCCCUGUUACGGAAAAAGGCAACGGAUGAUCUUAGCCAGGAAACUCUGGAGAUGGGGUGA